AUUAAAUAGAAAAUACAACUAUUUUUAUACUGUCGAUUAUAUAAAAUUCUUAAUUGAAUAUUUUUAAGGUCUAAGAAUUGUGUAUUUUUAUAUAACAUGGAACAGUGUGUAAAAAAACCAAAAUUAGAUACAAUUAGAAGUAUAAAGGAAGGACAGGCAGAAAUUUUAGUUGACGAUACAAACGUAUUUUACAAUCCUGUUCAAGAGUUUAACAGGGAUCUUAGCGUAGCUGUGUUAACGACUUACAUAAAAGGUAUAAAGAAGCAAGCAACAGAGACAGGCACGGAAAAACAGGAUGGAAUUGUCGUAUUGGAAGCUUUAUCUGCUACUGGUUUACGUAGCAUUCGGUAUGCCAAAGAAGUGAAAGGCAUAAAACAAAUCGUAGCCAACGAUAUUUCUGCAAAGGCAAUUGUAAGCAUUAAAAAUAAUAUAAGACACAAUGGAGUCGAAAAUCUUAUAAAACCAAGUCACGAAGAUGCAACAUUGCUCAUGUAUCAAAGUCGGAAGGAUAAGUUUGACGUAAUAGAUUUAGACCCAUACGGUUGUCCUACAACGUUUCUGGAUGGGGCGGUACAAUGUGUAUCAGACGAUGGACUGCUUAUGAUCACAGCUACAGAUAUGGCAGUAUUAGCUGGUAACUCCCCUGAAACUUGUUAUCUUAAAUAUGGAGCUAUCUCUUUAAAAUCUAAAGCAUGCCAUGAAAUGGCACUAAGAAUAUUAUUGCAAAGUAUUGCUUCACACGCAGGACGGUAUGGUAGAUACAUAAUACCAGUACUUUCUAUAAGUGCUGAUUUUUAUAUAAGAGUAUUUGUUAAAGUAUUUUCCAGUCAAAUUAAAUGUAAAGAAAACGCAACUAAAAUUGGAAUGGUGUACCAAUGCACAGGUUGCGAAAGCAUCAACACUCAACCAUUAUGUUAUAAGAAGCCUACCGGAGGCUACAAAUUAACAUCUUUACCUUAUGUGGAUAAACUUUGUAAAAUCUGUCAGCAUAGGCAACAUGAAGGGGGGCCGAUAUGGUUAGGUCCUUUGCACGAUCAACAUUUUGUAUCUAAUCUUCUAUGUAAUUUAGACGAAAUGAAGUUAACAACAUUAAAAAGGAUAGAAGGAGUUUUAAAUGUUAUUCGCGAAGAAUUAGACGUUCCAUUAUAUUAUAAUCUCAGUCGUUUAAUGUCCACAAUUAAAUGUAUUACACCGUCGAUGUUAACAUUUCGAUCUGCAUUAUUAAACGCAGGAUAUUGCGUAUCGUAUUCACAUGCCUGCAAAACAUCUGUAAAGACGGAUGCUCCAAAUGAAGUUAUAUGGGAUAUUGUACGUGCAUGGGAAAAAAAUAAUUCCGUGAAAAGAGAUAAACUAUCAAACGAUAGCCCCGCGAUAAGAAUAUUAAAGACACCAAUGACAACGAACAUCUCGUUUGAUAUACAUCCUCUGGCCAAUCCAUUAUCUAGGCAAAACAAGCUAACGCGAUUUCAACAAAAUCCUACGAUCAACUGGGGCCCUGGUACACGUGCAAAAACGAGAAUAGACUUAGAAAAUGAAGUAGAAAAUUCGAAAAAGAUAAGAAAUCAAAAUAAAAAUUCCAGAAAAGAGAAACCACGAUCAGAAAACGACACUGAGAAAGUAAAGCCUUUAUAAAGAUAUUUAUAUCUAUUCUUGUACCUAUACUGUAAAUUUUCAUUAAAAAUACAAAUGUAUAUAAACGAA